GUAGUGCAAUUUAGCCGAGGUGUCCUCACUCGUCUGUACAAUAAAGUUAUUGGGUGUUGCAUUGUUGAGAACUACUUUAUCUUAUUCGCGCACGAUAAUGAUUGCAUAUAUGCGUCUGGCUGGCUUUUACAACGCAACAAUAAAUUAAUAUAAGUGACGUAGGUUUCUUUUGUCGCGGCGUCCCUACAAAUAAACAAAUUAUCAAGAGGAAUCUCAUUGAGGUCAAAAUUAAUGAACUUUGGUUUACAAAAUAUGGAGAGAAAUAUUUUAAGUGAUAAGAACGGUCUAAAUUGUUGAAAUAAGACAAUCACCCUUGUUAGAACUGAAUAGAGAGCAAUUCACAAAGGACGAAUAAGAAAAUGAAGCAAUUUUGGAAAAUAUUACUGGUCAUUAUUAGUUUGCUGCUCACUGAAAGCAGUCAAGAGACGUUCGCAAAGGAAAAUUCCAAGAACGCACUGGAUAAAAAUUCAGACGAUUGCGGGCCAAGCGGUUUCCGAUGCUUGGGGAAUAUGAUUUAUGGGCCGUGCAACGAGAAAAGUCAAAAGCGGGUGCAGUUUUGCCGAAAAGGAACAAUUUGCGAGGACAGUGGCACUGAUAUUUGCAUUCAAAAACCACCCACUUGCACCACAGAAGGGGCAUUUUAUUUACCAGGGUAUUGCAACCGGUAUUAUCUGUGCGUUCGAACGGGUUCCAAUUUGAAGCAACACAUUGGCGCCUGCGAGCCAGGUUUCGAAUUCAGUCUUUCAACUGGAAAUUGCACCCUGCCCCUUGAAGCCGACUGCUCUGUGAAAAAAGUGGUCAGCGUUAAUCUGAAAAAAAUUCCCCUCAGGCGCGUUGACGAGCAAGGCGGAUACAAAAUUUUCGUCUGCCCGAGUGCUGGAUUAUUCGCUGACCCUACUAGCUGCAGGCACUACUACAUGUGUGUACGAAAUUGGUUCCCAAUCUUGGGAGGUUAUCUGCAAAGCACAAGAAUGAUUUGCCCCCCAAUUCUGCCUCACUUCAAUAAGGAGAAGCGUCUGUGCUGGUUUUAUGAUGACAAUUGCGGAGACGAAGAAUAAAAUUAUUUUAUUAUCUUGAAGCGAUUGUAAAUUCUACAAAAAGCUUUAAA